CCUAUUUGCCAGAGAAAGAAGACAAGUGCCACAUGAAUGCAUAUGUGGCCCUGCUUCUGAUCACGCAAAACCGGGAAUUUUACAAGUCAAGAAUUGAUGUAAAUGAAGAAAUAAAAUGACGCAAAAAAAAGUUACUGAAUCAAACGGCGACAGUAGUAUACACAGUACAGAUUAACAAGCCCACAAACACACAUAUGAAAUGCAGAGCAAGGUUUCAUUCUCACACAAGAAAAAAGAGAGCAGGCCAGGUUGGUAUAAGUUGCAUCCAGAUCACGCAAGUUGUGGAGCAACGACGGCCAAACCACCCCAGAAACAUAUGCCUCAUCACAUGCAUUGUUGCACUCUCAACCCAGCAACCGGGCCGAUUACGGAAAACCUAACAUCUUUCUCAGAGACAUCAACCGUGAUGGCCACAUGCGCGGCUCAAGCCAAGUGGUCACCGGGCCAACACCUCAUCCGCCCCACAUCUUGUUAAACAAGGCAAUCAUGGACACACCAUUCAAUUACUACUGUUCACACAAUGCACCAGCAGCAAUUGCCGCCCCGAAAGGCUCAUGUAAUUGUUGCACAGAAAGAUGGAAGGAUGGGAUGAAGGCCAGGAUGUGUGGAUGGAUGGAUGUAUUCAGAGCAGGCCAGUGAUGAGGCUCCCCUGCCUACAAAUAGCACCAGAAACCACAGCCAUCCAACACAAUGUACCAGGCUUUAUUUUUAGGCGGCCUGUUCCAGCUCCAGAGAGAAGGGCAAGCUCCUGGCCUCAUGUCGCGAGGAAAGCUCUAGCCACCGCAGACUAUUCUUCUCUCCCGCCAUCCUCUCCAUCAUCCUUGGAGGAUUCUGAGAAAACAGACCAGUCGUGUAUUAGUUUUCCCCCCAAUCACAGCGCGCUCUCGCCCUUCACCUCUCCUCCCUCUCGGGGAGGGAGGAACACAGAGGGACGAAGUGGCGCAGAGUAGACGCUUGUGAAUAGCCAAUUUUUUUACCUCCAGUUUGCUGCUGCUCUUGUGCCCAAGAAUCCGAUAAGAUGGAGAGGAAGUCCACCAUCCUCAUGAACCGGUAUGAGCUUGGCCGUAUGCUCGGGCAGGGCACCUUCGCCAAGGUGUACCAUGCGCGGAGCCUUGCCACCAACCAGAGCGUCGCCAUCAAGGUCAUUGACAAGGAGAAGGUGUUGCGUGUCGGCAUGAUUGACCAGAUCAAGCGGGAGAUCUCCAUCAUGCGCCUCGUUCGCCAUCCAAACAUCGUCCAGCUGCACGAGGUCAUGGCCAGCAAGAGCAAGAUAUACUUUGCGAUGGAGUAUGUCCGGGGCGGCGAGCUCUUUGCCAGGGUAGCCAAGGGUCGGCUCAAGGAAGAUGCUGCAAGGAAGUACUUUCAACAAUUGAUAGGGGCUGUGGACUUCUGCCACAGCCGUGAUGUCUAUCACCGGGACCUCAAGCCGGAGAACCUUCUCGUGGAUGAGCAUGGAAACCUCAAGGUGUCCGACUUCGGGUUGAGUGCCCUCAAAGAGUGUCAGAAGCAAGAUGGCCUGCUGCACACAACCUGUGGCACACCUGCAUAUGUUGCGCCGGAGAUAAUCAACAAGAAGGGCUAUGAUGGAGAAAAGGCAGACAUAUGGUCUUGUGGUGUCAUACUUUUUGUUCUGCUUGCCGGCUACCUCCCAUUCCAAGACUCAAAUUUGAUGGAGAUGUACCGGAAGAUCAGCAAAGGUGAUGUCAGGUAUCCACAGUGGUUCAGUUCUGAUGCCCGGAAGCUUCUAUGCAGGCUGCUCGAUCCAAAUCCAAACACUAGGAUCACCAUGGAUAAGCUGAUUGAGCACCCAUGGUUCAAGAAAGGGUACAAACCAGCAGUGAUGCUGGGAACACCACGUGCCUCAAAGGAUCUUAACGAUGUCCAGGCUGCUUUCAGUACUGACCACAAGGAUGGUGAAGGCAGCAGGGCAGAACAACCAAAUAGCCCAUUGAAGCCAGCAAGCUUGAAUGCGUUUGACAUAAUCUCCCUCUCCAAAGGAUUUGAUCUUUCUGGCCUAUUUGAGAAGGACCAAGAGCAGAAGUCAAACUCGCGGUUCAUGACCCAAAAACCCGCAUCAGCAAUAGUGUCAAAGCUGGAGCAGAUAGCUGAGACAGAGUCCUUCAAGGUGAAGAAGCAGGACGGACUUGUGACGCUGCAGGGAUCCAAAGAAGGGAGAAAGGGGCAGCUUGCGAUUGAUGCGGAGAUCUUUGAAGUGACUCCAUCCUUCUAUGUUGUUGAGGUGAAGAAGUCGGCAGGAGACACAUUGGAGUACGAACGGUUCUGCAAAAAGGGCCUACGGCCUUCUCUCAAGGACAUCUGCUGGAACGGUCCGUCAGAGGAAAAGCUUCCAUUAGUAUCGGAGUCAGUACCUCCAACUCCGUCCUCCAAGUCGACCAAAAGGAAUGUCAUUUAAGUGUGAUAUCUUCUGAGAUGCAAUUACAAUCUAUUCUCCUC